GAGAUCUCCGCGACAUACGCCCUCCCACACCGGGGUCCUAUUAACGAGCACCCCAGGCUGGUCGGCUUCACAAGCAAUUCAGCUGGGUGGGUCGUCUUCUUGUGGAAGACAAGCAUACCGACUACUCCCAAUUGGACCUCAACGUCGCAUCUUUCGAGCUCUAGGCUUGCUUGUACUCCUCCGUGGAUAGUAGAUUGACACCUGUAUGUCAUCUGCACAGAUUGGAGCCCACUACACCCUCCUCCUCAUGCAAUUCUGUGUACGAAUGAUCCCUGCGUCACGAAAACUAAACGGCUCGGCAGACCAAGCCUCCAGAAGCCUCGCCAACAAAAAGACAAGUCGACAGCCGUAGAGCUGUGCCGAUCCUGGGGCAUGGGGCAUAGGCGGCUAUUGAAAACUCGACAUGGCUUUUCUCGUAGCAACAUUCUCCCGACAAGAAGCUAGAGCGAAGGGUAUAUCAACCUUCGUUCUUGCUGUUCCACUGUCCACCUCAACCCCGGGUUUCCCAUACUCUUCAAUAUACUCCUCUUGAUACCACUAAUAUGGGUGCUGGAAAGAAGCCGGUCAACAUUUUCAAGUUGAAUCGGGGUGAUGAUCCGAAGGAGGUGCUCAAUUGGAGACUAUGGUUUGCUGUAUUCUCCUUCGGCAUCAUGGGCGCUGCUAGAGGUAUCGACGAAGGUCUCAUUUCUGGAACCUUCAAUACCAAGCAGUUCCAAAACUCCCUCCACUUGAAUGAUCUCGACGAUAAGACUUAUGCCGACAUCAAGGGGAAUGUCUCUGCCAUGGUACAAAUUGGUUCUGUUGCUGGUGCCCUUCUGGCCUUUCUUGUCGCUGAUCGAAUCGGUCGACUCUGGGCCACACGUCAACUCUGCAUAGUCUGGAUCCUCGGCAUUGUCAUUUUCUUGACAAACAACGGUCGCCUGGGUCAAGUCUACGCCGGCAGAUUUAUUGCAGGUAUCGGCAUCGGAGAAACCACCGUCAUUGCCCCCGUUUAUAUCGCGGAAAUUUCACCCAAGGCUGUGCGAGGUCUCUGCACGUGCGUCUUCGCUGGCUCCGUGUACCUAGGCAUUAUGCUUGCAUAUUUCACUACCUGGGGUAGCUCUCUCCACAUCAACCAGAACACAUCCACGGCGUGGGUUGUUCCCACGACACUUCACAUCAUGUUUGCCGGCAUCAUCCUGAUCCUUUCGUUCUUCAACUACGAAUCACCUCGCUACCUCGUCAAGCGUGGCAACGUUGAACACGCCAUCAGGAACCUCGCUCGCGUGCGCAAUCUGCCCGCCGAGCAUGAGGUGAUUGUCCACGAGAUCCGCGACAUUCAGCACCAACUCGACGAAGAGAAGGAAGCCACCAUGGGCCAAGGAUUUUUGGGCAUGCUUCGCGAAAUUUUCUGUAUGCCCAACAACGCUUUCCGUCUCUACCUUGGUCUCGGCGUUCAGCUCCUUUCACAAUGGUCCGGUGCGGGUAGUAUCACGAUCUACGCCGCGGAUUUCUUUGCCCUUCUCGGGACCAAAGGCCAGAACGAGAAACUCUUCGCUACCGCCAUUUUCGGUGUGGUCAAAUUUGUCGCGGCCAUCAUGUGUGCUCUGUUCUUGGUCGAUGUGAUUGGCCGGAAGCGAGCUUUGAUAAUCGGUAUCAGCCUCCAGGCCAUUUCGAUGGCAUAUGUUGCUUCGUUCCUCACGGCUGUUCCGGAUCUUGAGGAUGAGGGUUUCACAUUCACCCCGUCCCAAAAGCAUGCUAGCAUUGGCGCUAUCGUCAUGAUCUAUCUUUCUGGCUUUGGAUGGGCGAUGGGAUGGAAUUCCAUGCAAUAUCUGAUCAACGCCGAAAUUUACCCACUUCGUAUUCGAGCCUUUUGCAGUUCUCUGGUCAUGUGCUUCCAUUUUGUCAAUCAAUACGGUAACAGCAAGGCGGUCCCAUCGAUGCUCCUGGACACCAGCGACGGUGGUAUGACUGCGAAAGGCACGUUUUGGUUCUUCUUCGCCAUUACCGCCUUGGGAGGCGUAUGGGUGUGGUUCACUAUCCCCGAGACGGCCGGCUUGUCACUCGAGGCUAUGGAUGGCUUGUUCAGUCUGCCUUGGUACAAGAUUGGUACACAUGGAAGGAAGCAGGCCGAUAUGCAGACACAGUUGGACCGGGAGCGGGAGAUUACGGAAAAGCACGAAGAAACCCAAGUUGAGAACCUCGGAGAAUCAGAGAAGAGGGUCUAGAAGAUGCAAACGGUGUAUGAGAAAUUUCAGUCUCAGACUGUUUUGUGCGUCCAUGGUAGAGGAGGACAAUCGGGGUGAUACUGUGUUUGUGUUGCUGUGAAGGCACCCCACCAUGGUCGCAAGGUACAUUAGGCACUGUGGAAAGCCGAGGAUUCUCUCAAACUAUCUACAGUCCCAGAAUGUAUGUUCUGUGAGAAUUCAAAUACACCAGUUCUAUGCAACAGUGACUUGGACUUCUAAUAUACGGAAUAAGGAAAGAAUAGAUUGUUGAUUCCUAGCAUUAGUCAUCCUCUGGUUUGAUCCACGGAUACGAAUACGAAUACCAAUC